AAAAGUACACUAAAUUAAACCUUUAAUGCGGUCUAAAGAUUUCAGUCGUAUAUCUUAUCAAAACUGGACGAUCAAAUAAAUGCCAAAAUUGAGUCUGCCGCCUCAAAAGCCUUCAUCACAUGCAACAUCACGCGCUCACAUGUUCUCCAUAUUCGGUUCGUCCAUUGCAUAUUUUCACUAAAACAUUGCAUAUUUCUUUAAUUCAAGGUUCCGUGGCGUGGCUGUUGCGCCUAAUUUACUAUGAUUACGCACCAAUGCCACAGAAUUCGACACAACUAGGUGAUUUUCCUUCGCAAGUGUCGAUUCAUUUCCUUGGCGUCCACUCGUGCGGCGCCACCAUUAUCGGGGAACAAUGGAUUUUGACUGCCGCCCACUGCAUUGACGUCCUUUUGCCAAGUGUCGUUCUGAAAGUGCGGGCCAACUCCAACAGUCUGACCGACAGCAACGGCACGAUGCACAGCGUGGUCAGGGUUCGGCGGCACCCUGGCUUUGUGCUGCAGGACCUGACGAGCGAGGACAUCGGUCUGGUGCAGGUGAAUCCGCCGUUCGUGUUCGGCGCGACCGCACAAGCCGCGCUGCUGCCUGAGCAGGACGAGGAGUUGGCGGCGGACGAGGACGCGACCACCGCCGGCUGGGGCUUUCUUGAAAAAGGCCUGAUGAGCCCGCUGUUGAUCCGAGGGCAGCAGCAAGUGGGCAGUCGCGAAGAGUGCUUUGAAAUAUUUCAUCCCGAAGUGACGCUGACUGAAGCCCAGUUUUGCGCUGAGAGCCUGGAGGAGGCGAAUAGAAUUUGCACUGGAGACUCAGGCGGGCCUUUGUUCGUCGGCGGCAAAGUGGUGGGAAUAGUUUCUUGGUCGGCCAACGAGUGCGAAGACGAUUACCCCAGCGUGUACACGCGAGUGUCCUCGUUUCGUGAUUGGAUCAGGGACAAUACAGGCAUUUGAGACUGCAUUUUGCUCUGAACUUAUCUGCAGAGCAAUUGAACAAUGACCGAAACAAAAUGCACAAGAACGCCGCGUGCGCUGCUUCACAUCUUAUCUCGCGAUCGAACGAUGUGACCGCGCAGAACUCACAAGCGAUUUUUGAGAUUAAAAUUGUGUCUUAAUUUUAUAUUGGAAAAAUCCCCACUUUAUAUGGGACGCUAAUUAAAAUGUCUCUGUACAGCUCUAAUAA